AUGGACAAUGGCCUUCGGCGAUCCAAGCGGCUCAAGGCUGGGGGUGUUUCGUGGCGCUGUGCCCUACCUGAAGUUCUGCGACUAGUGCUGGCCAUGGUGGAAGAGCACAAGGUCAAUGUAUUCCUCAAGCAUGCUCGCCUUGUGAACCGGCACUGGUCGGCAUGGGCGACAAAUGCCACAAGGCACCUAGGAAUUGGCUGUGGGCCUGAUGAUUGUGUGAAAUGCAACAAGUUGUUAAAGACCUUCACAAGGCUAGAGGAUGUUGCUCUUAUUGGUGUUCGGGAUUAUGACCUGCUGGACAUUCACCGACUGCAAAGGGUGACGCAUCUGAAAGUUGAGUAUGACAGGCAUGUCAUUGCCAAUAUGGUUCACUUACCCUUGGUGCAAGUGGGUGCUUUAACAACACUGGUUGCUUUGGAACUAGGUUCAGAUGCCAAGCUAGCUUACCCACGCAUUCCUAUUGAGGACAAAGAUGUGAAUAUGCUGGUGAAUUUGAAACGUCUCACAACACUCGACCUCAGCCACAGCCAGGUUACAAGUAAAUGUGUGGGAGCGUUGGAACAGCUACCUUUCCUCACUAAUAUUGACCUUAGUGGGUGUAGAUUUGGAGAUUCUGAUGUGCAACAGUUGGCGGGCUUGACAAGAAUUUCAUCUGUGCAGUUGUGUGAGUGCCUGCUUGGUGACAAUGGGAUGAAAGCGCUGAGCUUGAUGCCAAAUCUGACUCUGCUGAACAUUGGGCGUUGCCCAAACAUUUCGAACGAGGGUGUAGCUCAUCUUGGGUCUCUGACUAAGCUCACUGAAUUGCAUUUGCCCCCUCAAACUUGUGCCAGUGGCUUGCAGCACUUGGCUGCCCUGACUCCAAUGUCAUCCCUCUUUCUGAACCACACUGAAACUGCAGUGGUGCAUGGCAUUGGCGAUGUGGGAGUGGCGUACCUAGUACAGUUUCGUUGGUUGUCUAGGCUUGUCAUUGGAAAUGAUCCAUUAAUUUCAGACGUUGGUGCCAUUUUGCUUGGGAAGCUAACUGGCCUCGUUGAGCUUGGAUUGCACUGCACCGAUGGUGCGAGGGACAUGGUAACGGAUAAUGGGAUCUUUGCGUUUACGGCGCUGACAGCUCUUGAGAGCCUUUCUCUGUCAGGCUAUUAUUACAUAACCAGCGCAGGUCUGCAGCACCUGAGCUGCCUCACAAAGCUCAGGGUUCUGAGGCUAGAACGUCUUCCCUGUUUGUAUGACAAUGCGAUGGCUGGCAUGACAUCGCUCACGUUACUUGUAGAGCUCAGCUUGCACAAUUGCUGGAAUGUCACUCAUGAGGGUGUGACGAAAUUGGAGCAUUUGGCAUCUUUGACCAAAGUGGAUGUUGCGGGAUGCCAUAGAGUCAGCAAUGCGACCUUGAAGUCGCUGGGGAAAUUGCGUGCCCUUACCGAGCUGGACCUGACACUUAGGGGCUGGAUCACAAAUGCGGGCUUGAUGCACCUGGUGCCUUUGCCGUUUCUCAGGCAUGUCAACUUGCAUGGGCGCCAUGUGAAGAAAGGGCGUUUCGAGGCCCUGAAGAGGAAAUGGGAAAAAAUGCACAGUUAA